GCGGCGGCAGCGGCGUGGGUACAGGAGCGGAGCGGGUACAAUGCAGCUCGGCGGCGCAGCGCUGCUGCUGUGCGCGGCGGGGCUGGCCGCGGCCCCCGCGCCGGCACCGGGGGCCGGGGCCGAGCGGCGGGCGGCGGCGGGAGCCGGGCGGGAGCGGCGGGUGCAGUUCGCCUCCUGGGACGAGGUGAACGUGCUGGCCCACGGGCUGCUGCAGCUGGGGCACGGCCUGAAGGAGCACGUGGAGCGCACCAAGGGACAGCUGCGGGAGCUGGGCGGGCGGCUGAGCGCCCACAACAGCUCCCUGGGGCGGCUGCUGCGGCAGGCGCGGGAGGCGCAGGAGCGCGGCGAGCGGCUGCGGGGCAGCGUGCGGGAGCUGGAGGGCCGCGGCCGGCAGCUGCUCAAUCUCUCCGAGGCGCUGCGGCAGCGGCUGGAGGAGGUGGCGGCUGACAAGGACGCGAUCCAGGGCCGGCUGGAGCGGCUGGAGGGCCGGGUCCGUCUGGCGCUGCAGGCGCGGCCGGCUGGGAACCAGAGCGCCCGGGACCUGGGGGCGCUGCAGUCCCUGAUGGAUGCUCAGAACCUGCGGAUCGAGGAGCUUCUGCAGAAAAUCAAGCAGCAGCAGUACAAGCUGGACAAGCAGAAUCUGCAGAUUAAAAGCCUGCAGAGCAAGGUCAAUCUACUAAUUCCCCUACACCACAACAAAACACAGUCUCCGAAGUGGAAGAUAAACCUGAAAAAGAGCCUCAACAUCACCAACCAGAGUCAGAAUGGCAGUGGGGAGUCCGUGCAGACACAGAAGCUCCCAGAGGGUUGCCACCAGCUCUUCCUGGCUGGGCAGCAAAGCAGUGGCGUUUUCCAGGUGCAGCCUGCAGGAUCUCAGCCUUUCAAAGUCUACUGCGACAUGAGUGCAGAGGGUGGCUGGACAGUGAUCCAGAGACGCAUGGAUGGCUCUGUGGACUUUGACCAGCUGUGGGAUGCCUACAAGAAUGGCUUUGGAGACCUUCAUGGUGACUUCUGGCUGGGCCUGGAGAAGAUACAUCACGUUGUCCAAGAGGGAAAAUACAAUCUCCUGAUUGAGCUGGAAGACUGGGAGGGGAAUUCCCAGGUGGUUCAGUUUGUCUUCAGUCUUGGUGGUGAGAGCACAGCCUACACACUCAACCUGCUGGGGCCUCUGUCUGGAGAGCUGGAAAAUGCCAUUGGGGAAUUCAGGCAGCUGCCCUUCUCCACUCGGGAUCGUGACCAUGACCUUAAAGCUGACACAAACUGUGCCAAACACCUCUCAGGUGGCUGGUGGUUCAGCACCUGUGGCCAUGCCAACCUCAAUGGGAAAUACUUCCGCUCCAUCCCACGGCAGAGGCACGAGCGCAAGCAGGGCAUCUUUUGGAAGACAUGGAAGGGCAGGUACUACCCCCUGAAGUCAACCGUCAUGAAAAUCCAACCUGCAGCACUGGAAGCAGAGCCCUAAAGUUGCUACUUGAGACUUUCUUUGUGGAGCAUGGACCUGAGCUCCAUCACUCGGUGUUUACAGAAAACAACCUCCCCUUCCUUGGUUAGAAGCCCUUUAGAGGCAUGACACUGCUCCUCGCUAAAAGUAAAACAGCUCCACGUUGCCAAAACCCCUGGAUGGGAGCUCCCAAACCUGAAGAGGAGCCCCAAGUGGGAGAUCCACCUCCAGAGCAUACACAAGGGUCUUCUAACCCGCCAUGUGCUGCUGUGGGAAGUUCAAAUUGUCCGGUGCUUUCUAUCCUGUCUUAACAUUUCUGUACUGUGUGGAUGAGCUGGGCCUGGGGCAGGUGGGGCAUGUGAAGUGUCUCACUGCUCUGGACCACAGCACUGGUUAUGGAGCCUUGCUAUGUCCUGUCUUUCACUGUUGUUCCCAAAUGAUGUUCCAUGUACCCUCCUGUGAGAGCCCCUGGAGCCUCCUUCCUGUGUGGAGGAUGGGGGCAGUGAGCCUCAGGCAGCUCCAUCUGUGCAGCCCCUGUCCCCUGCAGUGCAGGGCUUGGUGGGUGGGCUGAGGUUGACCUGUGCAGAAGGGGAACAACAGAGGCUCACUUGCCUUCCCUUUGAAGACCUGUACUUCUAGCUUAGCUGGAAUUUGCUGGGAGCUGGGAAAACUGCUUCCAGCUCUAAGGUUGAUGGGUGAAAUCCUGCAGCUGGUUGCCUGAGGGGCCAGGUCCUGGGGAACUGUGUGUGGAGCCUGCCAGUGCUGCUGGGGGUGGGUAGGAUGAGCAGUGGAACAGAGCAGGGACUGUCCCUGGGUUGGACCAGCCCUGAUGUCACUGUCAGCCCCCCAGAAGUAGGGGCUGCCUUCUUCCACCAGACACGUUCAUGCUUUGCAGAGUGACUGGACCUGUCCCACAUGUGUGUCCCAGUGUACUACAAGACGAGGGGACAGCAGGGUUUCUCCACAAGAGCCACAGAGCCACACUUAAUCAUGUGUGUACUGUGAUGUAUGGCAUUACCUCUGUCUUUGGGAUGGAUGUCUGGGGAGAGGUGGCCAAAACAGGUCCCUGAAAACUUACAGGCCAAGCUGCAGUCUUGGGGCUUCCCAAGCAUCCUGCCCUAUUGAAGUCAUAUUGACUACUCUGCUAGAGCUCCUAGCUGCUAAAUACUGUACAUAGUUGUUUGUAGGAUGUUGGACCUUGUUGAUGAAUUCUGUUUCAAUUUGUUUUCAUAUUUAAAUGCAGUGUUAAUAACAAUGUGGUGUAAUUUAUAAAUGUUGAUGCUGGAAAGGAAAGCAAGUGUAGUUUGUGUAUUUUAAACUUUUUUUGUACUAAAGUAUCUUUUCUGAAGAUGUCUUUUAAUAAAAACAAGC